CUUGAUCUCCUUGGGCAAUGGCUGCCGGAACAUCGAGAUCUCCUGAAGCCUUCUUCUCUUCAUCUUCUUCUCCCCAACCCAAUUGGAACUACGAUGUCUUCUUGAGUUUCAGAGGCGAAGACACUCGCAAGAACUUCACCGACCACCUCUACUUCGCUUUGAGAGAUGCCGGAAUCAAAAUCUUCAGAGAUGACAACGAGCUCCGAAGAGGAGAAGAUCUUACAUCCGAACUAUUACGGGCAAUCAAAGGGUCCAAAAUCUCUGUCAUCGUUUUCUCGACAAACUAUGCAGCUUCGAGGUGGUGCCUAGAGGAACUUGUGGAGAUCAUGGAGUGCCGAAGGACUGUGACACAGUUGGUUCUACCUAUAUUCUUUAAUGUUGACCCCUCAGAUGUGAGAAACCAGACAGGUAGUUUUGCGGAAGCAUUCACGAAACAUGAAGAGCACUACUUGUUGGACAUGGACAAAGUUCUAAAGUGGAGAAGAGCUAUGCGUGAGGCUGCUAAUUUGUCAGGGUGGGAGCUAAGAAAAAUUGCAAACGGGCAUGAAGCCAAGUUUAUAAGAAAAAUUGUUGAAGAGAUUUCAAGAGAACUGAACAACACACAUUUGUUUCUAGCACUCUACCCAGUUGGAGUAGAUUGUCGCGUGCAAGACAUGAAUUUUUGCUUAAGUUUUGGAGAUGGAGAUAUUCGCAUGGUAGGAAUUUUGGGAAUGGGCGGAAUCGGAAAAACAACCAUUGCUAAAGCCGUUUAUAACCAAUUUUUUCAUGGAUUUGAAGGUAAAAGUUUUCUUGCAAAUGUUAGGGAAACUUCCAAUGAACCAAGGGGCCAGGUUCGUCUCCAAGAACAACUUCUUUCUGACAUCUUAAAGACAGAAAAGAUAAAGAUAAAUAGUGUUGAUAGAGGAAUUAGUAUGAUAAAAGAAAGACUUUGUAAUAAAGCAGUACUUGUGAUACUUGAUGAUGUAGACAAGAUAGAGCAACUGAAUGCCAUAGCUAGAAGGCGUGACUGCUUUGGUUUGGGAAGUAGAAUUAUUAUAACAACCAGAUAUGAGCAUUUGCUAAAGGAGCUACAAGUAGAUAGUGUAUAUACAGUUACAACAAUGAACGACAGUGAGUCUCUUGAGCUCUUUAGUUGGCAUGCCUUUAGGAAUAGCUCUCCUACUAAAGAUUAUACUGACUUGUCAACAAGUGUUGUUGCUUACUGUGGAGGAUUGCCACUAGCUCUCGAAGUUUUGGGCUCAUUUCUAUUCUCUAGGAGCAUUCCAGAAUGGAAAAGUGCAUUAGCUAAACUGAAAAAGAUUCCUCAUGAUCAAAUUCAAAAGAAACUUAGAAUAAGCUUUGAUGCACUAAGCGACAAUACAGAAAAGGAUAUAUUCCUUGACAUAGCAUGUUUCUUCAUCGGAAUGGAUAAAGACUAUGUUGCAAAAAUAUUGGAUGGUUGUGGUUUUUUUGCAAAGAUUGGAAUUAGUGUCCUCAUUCAGCGGUGCCUUCUUAAAGUUAGCAUGAGAAAUGAGUUUUUGAUGCAUGAUUUGCUGCGAGACAUGGGAAGAAAAAUCGUUCAUGAAAAAUACCCCAAUGAACCUGGGAAAUGGAGUAGAAUAUGGCUACAUGAGGAUGCAUUUGAUAUAUUGACAAAGCACCAGGGAACAAAAGCAGUCGAAGGGCUUACUUUAGAAUUGCCAAGAUUAAGAAAGGUGAAUUUUAAUUCAAUAGCAUUUAUAAAGAUGCAGAGAUUGAGAUUACUUCAACUUGAUCAUGUACGACUCAAUGGAGACUAUAAAUAUCUUUCCAAAGAAUUAAGAUGGCUCCGUUGGCAUGGGUUCCCUCUAAAGUUUAUGCCAAACAACUUUUAUCCAAGAAACCUAGUUGUGAUUGACUUGCAAUAUAGCAAUCUCAGAAGAGUUUGGGAAGUUCCCAAGAUGUUUGAGAAGAUGAAAAUUCUAAAUCUCAGUCACUCGCAUUAUCUGAGCCAGACUCCUGACUUUUCAAGACUCCCCAAUCUUGAGCAAUUAAUACUCGAAGAUUGUACAAGUUUGUUUGAGGUUCACCACUCCAUUGGAGAUCUUACUAGUCUUGUUUUGGUAAAUUUGAAAGGUUGCAAAUGCCUUACAAGUCUGCCAAGGAGUUUCUACAAGUUGAAGUCUCUAGAAAUACUCAUUCUUUCUGGGUCAUUACCGUCACUCUUUUGGUCCUGGAUAACACCAAGGAAAUUUCUCAAGCCAGUCAAUCUAUUGUCUACUGCACCAAAAGGCUUUAACUCACUAAAAGACUUACGUCUCAGGGAGUGCAAUUUAUCAGAUAAUGCAAUUCCUAUAGAUGUUUGGAGUUUAUGUCCUCUUGAAAUUUUGGAUUUAGGAUGCAACAAUUUUGAAAGCCUACCACCAAGCCUAGGUGGUCUUUCGAAGCUUGGACAACUCAUCUUGGAUGGUUGUAAAAAGCUUAAAUUAAUUCCAGACUUACCAGCAAGCUUGUAUUUUCUAUAUGCAGACAACUGCACAGAGCUAGAAAGAAUAUCGAAUCCAUCAAAACUCUUAAAUGUGUUCAGUUUGUCCCUUGCUAAUUGCAGGAAAUUAGUCGAAAUUCCAGGUCUAGAGAAGUGGUCAAAUCCCAUUAGAUCUGUUGACAUGGAAGGAUGCAAAAAUCUGACAUAUACUUUUAAGCAAAGCUUCAUACAGGAAUGGAGUAUGCGUGGAAUUGGUAGAACGUUUUUUAUUUGCCUCCCUGGUAAUCAAAUUCCUGAUUGGUUCACAUAUCAAGGGGAGGGAGCAUCGAUGCGUUUUAAAGUACAUACUGUUGAUGACAAGAUAUUGAAAGGGUUUGCUGUAUGUGUUGUGUAUUCAAUACGUGUUGCGGAAUUAUCUCCGUAUACAAGUAUUACUUCAUUUAUCAACCAUACCAAGAAUACUGUUUUCACUGUUCCGUCAGAAACAAGUGGUGCCAAUAUCCAUCGUGGAGAUCACCUGUGGUUAGGCAAUGUUCUUACCAACAAUUUUGAGGAUGGUGAUGAGGCAGAGCUUGUUGUAGAUUUGGGAGUUGAAACCACUGUUAAGAGGUUAGGGAUCUGUCUAGGAUAUGAAAGGGUUCUUGAUGGAAAAUGAUUCAUUAAUUAAGCCCCUUAAUGCAGGAUCUGGAUGAGAAAAAAAAAAUUGUUUGUCUCAAGAUUUAUUUUGUAAUUCAAUAAUGGGCUUGGCUUAAAGUCAAUCAAAUUAGGGUUACGGUUAUUUUUAAGAGUUGUAUUAUUUUAUAAUUCAAUAAUGGGUUUGGCCCACAGGUUGUCAAAUUAGGUUUAGAGUUUUGUCAGUGAGUUUUUAAAGAAGAACAGUAGAAGGAUGCAUAGCACAUCACUUGUUGUAAUUCUAAGCUAUACUUUUGAAGACUUUUGAUA